AUGCCUCCCACAACUCCGUAUGCGGGAAAGUUCAGCUCUUGUGCGCCAUACAGCAACAACAACAACCACCCUCAGCCUCACAGCCCGUACCGCAACGGCACCACCUCCAAACCCGCAAAGGAAAACAUCUACAACGGCGCCUAUUCUGGAUCAGAAAACCCCUACGACAUCCCGCAGCCUCACGGUUGCUACCGCAGCUCCUCCGUCUCCUCCGUGACGGCAAAGGAGCAUCAUUACAGCAGCCACUACGCGGUUUCCGAGAACCCGUACUCCCCACCGCAGCCUCGCAGCCCUCGACAGCACAGCAGCUCCUGUCCGGGCCGCGCAUACCGCCACACCACCACAAGUACUAGCAGCGGCAGCGGCAGUGGGAGCAGCAGCGAGCAGUCCUGCCGUAACAACAACAACGCCCCUGCGGGGAAAGCCAGACUUUACGGACAUGGCAUCACCGCUAGCUAUGGGGAGAUGUGUUACCAUGACAACAGUUUGGUUUCAGCAUCUCUUGAGGCUCUGAUUCAGCAUCUGGUUCCCACAGUGGACUACUACCCCGAUAGAUCAUAUGUGUUCACCUUCCUGCUGAGUUCACGCCUCUUCCUGCAUCCGUACGAGCUCAUGACGCGGGUUUGUCACCUGUGUGUGGAGCAGCAGCGGUCCGGAGACGCCCUGCUGGACAAGAUCCGUUUCCGUGAGGUGGCGCCCAAGCUGGUGCAGCUGCUGACCGAGUGGACAGAGACGUUUCCGUACGACUUCAGGGACGAGAGAAUGAUGCGCUGCCUGAAGGACAUGACGCACCACGUGGCCCGAGGCGAUGAGUACUCCUGGCGAGCGAUGCAGCAGAUGACCCAGCGGCUGAUCAAACGCCUGUCAGCGCUCGGCCAGUACGAGGAGGCCGUGGCAGCGCUCAACGCCGUGGCCUUGGAGCGGCCCGCCUCCCUGAAGAGCAAACAGGCUUCGGGUCAGAGGAGCGACGUGCUGAGCGUGUGCGACGACCCCUUCAUCCUCGCUCAGCAGCUCACACACAUCGAACUGGACAGACUGAGUUUUAUCGGUCCUGAGGAGUUCAUCCAGACGUUCGCCAUGAAGGAUCCUCUAGAGAACCAUAAGGGUUUCUUUCGGAAGCGUAAAACCAGUAACCUGGAGGCCUACGUCAACUGGUUCAACAGACUGAGUUUCCUGGUGGCCACUGAGAUCUGUAUGCCAGUGAAGAAGAAACACCGAGCGCGGAUCAUAGAGUUCUUCAUCGACGUGGCUCAGGAGUGUUUCAACAUCGGCAACUUCAACUCCCUUAUGGCCAUCAUCACUGGGAUGAACAUGAGUCCCAUUGCCAGGCUGAAGAAAACCUGGAGUAAAGUCAACAUGGACAAAUUUGAAAUCCUGGAGCAUCAGAUGGACCCGUCCAGUAACUUCAGUAACUACCGCACUGCGCUCCGCGGCGCCACCCAGCGGUCGGAGACGGCUCACAGCAGCCAGGAGAAGAUCGUGAUUCCUUUCUUUAGUCUGCUCAUUAAAGACAUCUACUUCCUGAACGAAGGCUGUGCCAGCCGGCUGACCAACGGACACAUCAACUUUGAGAAACUUUGGGAGCUGGCGAAGCAGGUCAGCGAGUUCCUGGUUUGGCGUCAGGUGGUUUGUCCCUUCGACAGAGACCGACGGAUCCUCCAGUACCUGGUCACCACGCCGGUCUUCAGUGAAGACGAGCUGCAUCUGGCCUCGUAUGAGAGCGAAGGCCCAGAGAACAACAUGGAGAAGGACAGUCGCAGGUCUCUCAGAUCUUCUCUUCUGCAUCGCGAGAACCGGUCGUAAGAGAAGGAUCUGAUGUGCGCUACAGACUGUAAAUAACGAGGAUUUUAUUCUAAAGCUACAAAUUCCUCCCUGUAUCUUAUGGACACGACAGUGCAGGACGAACAAAUGCAGCCGAGCUCACAAUCGUAUCAAUGAACAGAUCAUCUGGGCUUUGAGAUCUCAAGGAGCAUAAAUGAGUUAUGAACAGUUUUUGGUGCCAAAGGACCUCAGUGCUGCGGUUAUUAUUACAACCAUCUGUCCUGCGAGUAAUGAUUCCCAAGAAGAGCUCAGAUUACUGAUGUGGCUCACCCACCCUGCUUCUUCCUCCUCCUCCUCCUCCUCCUCCUCCUCCUCCUCCUCAUCAGCUCUGUGUGAGGCACUUACAGGACAUCAGGUGACUCCUGAGGUCAUCAAACAGUCUCAGAUGAUGUUUAUAUCUUCAGUGGAACUCCAUCAACAGCCCCGCAGGAGUCUUUGAACCCCAUCAGCUACAACAUUAGCACUGCUUCUCUGUGGAAGUGGCUGGAGCUCAGUCAGAGACCACAGAGAGGAGAGAGAUCUACCCCGGGACAUCGAUGUGUAUUAUAAACAACGGGCUCGCUGAAGUAUUGUUGCUGCUUGUUUUCUUGUCGAGUGCUUGAUUUUGAUGCAUAUUGAGCACACAACACAGGUUCAUGGCUGUUUCUCAUGUAACUCAAGCAUUUCCAUCUAAUUUGAACACAUAAUGCAAGACAAUA